CCUCCCCUCUCGAUUCGCAGGCCCGGCUCUGCCAGCCCCGGAGCGCCGGAGUGCCGCGGGGCCACCAGCCAGCCGCACGCCUCGGCGUCAGGGGCAUGGAGGAGCGGCGGGCUCGGAGCCGCGCCCCGGAGUCCGCGAAACUUCCGAGCGGGCGCCAGUCCGCGUCGCCGCCGCCGCCGCUUUGCCUGCCGGCCUGAGAGCGGGACCAUGGAUGAAAGGUUCAACAGGUGGCUGCUGACGCCGGUGCUCACUCUCCUCUUCGUGGUCAUCAUGUACCAGUACGUGUCCCCCUCCUGCACCAGCUCCUGCGCCAACUUCGGGGAGCAGCCCCGCGCCGGGGAGGCCGGCCAGCCUGCCGCCCCAAGUCCCGCCCGCCGGGCACAGGCGCCGCUCGAGGAGUGGGAGCGACGGCCCCAGCUGCCCCCGCCACCUCGGGGGCCGCCCGAGGGGUCUCGGGGGGCCGCGGCGCCGGAGGACGAGGACGAGGAGCCGGGGGACCCUGAGGAGGAGGAGGAGGAGGAGGUUGAGGAGGAGGAAGAGGAGCCGGACCCGGAGGCCCCCGAGAACGGUUCCCUGCCCCGGUUCGUGCCGCGCUUUAACUUCACCCUGAAGGACCUGACCCGCUUCGUGGAUUUCAACAUCAAAGGGCGCGACGUGAUCGUGUUCCUGCACAUCCAGAAGACCGGGGGCACCACGUUCGGUCGGCACCUGGUGAAGAACAUCCGGCUGGAGCAGCCGUGUAGCUGCAAAGCCGGCCAGAAGAAGUGCACCUGCCACCGGCCGGGCAAGAAGGAGACGUGGCUUUUCUCUCGCUUCUCCACCGGCUGGAGCUGCGGACUGCAUGCCGACUGGACGGAGCUCACCAACUGCGUGCCGGCCAUUAUGGAGAAGAAAGACUGUCCCCGCAACCACAGCCACACCAGGAAUUUCUAUUACAUCACCAUGUUGCGGGAUCCAGUGUCUCGAUACCUGAGCGAGUGGAAACACGUCCAGAGAGGGGCCACGUGGAAAACUUCCCUCCACAUGUGUGAUGGGAGAAGCCCCACCCCCGAUGAGCUGCCGACCUGCUACCCUGGGGACGACUGGUCCGGGGUCAGCCUGCGGGAGUUCAUGGACUGCACCUACAACCUGGCCAACAACCGCCAGGUGCGCAUGCUGGCGGACCUCAGCCUGGUGGGCUGCUACAACUUGACUUUCAUGAACGAGAGCGAGAGGAGCGCCAUCCUGCUGCAGAGCGCCAAAAGCAACCUGAAGAACAUGGCUUUCUUCGGGCUCACGGAAUUCCAGAGGAAGACACAGUUUCUCUUUGAGAGGACAUUCAACCUCAAGUUCAUCUCCCCCUUCACGCAGUUCAACAUCACGCGGGCUUCCAACGUGGAAAUCAACGAGGGCGCCCGCCAGCGCAUCGAGGAGCUGAACUUCCUGGACAUGCAGCUGUACGAGUACGCGAAGGACCUCUUCCAGCAGCGCUACCACCGCACCAAGCAGCUAGAGCACCAGAGGGACCGGCAGAAGAGACGGGAGGAGCGGAGGCUGCAGCGGGAGCACCGCGGCCACCGGUGGCCCAAACGGGAGGGGAACCCAGAGGGGGCGGUCACGGAGGACUACAACAGCCAGGUGGUGAGAUGGUGACCCCCUGCCCUCUCCUCCCCCGGGACGGGGAGGACGAGCAGGUGCACUGGCCUACCUUGGAGAAUGCUGGCCCAAGCUGAGGACAUCUGGCUGUAGGUGGCUUGAUUUGGACACCUGCUUCCUCUUUGUCGUCACCUUUAUCCAGCUGGAGAUGAUCCGUCUUGUUCUUUUUUCCCUGACGCUUUUCAAUCCGCGAUGUUAAGUAGGGUCAGAAUGUGUUCAAUAAUAGACCACUUUAGAAGGUCAAGGGGAGACGCAGCACAAAGAAAAGAGUCCUUGGAAUCUCUUUUGCAGCAGCAUAGGUUAGAGUUUGGGCAGCUGGAACCCACCAGGGCACACAUGAAAAGCCUAAUUAUGGCCUGGAUGUUCUGCUGAAACUGGUCUGUUGGUACUGUGUCUGUAAUGGAGAUACUGCUGUGUAAAGAGAAAGGAAAAGAAGGCUUUUUCAGCCCUUAGAUGAGGUUUAACGCCAGCUGUUGCUUGGCCGUUGGCUCUCAUCUUUGAACUCUAUUUCAAUGUGGUUUUAAUCAUAAGUAGUGUAACGUGUUUUGUUGCUAAGGUUGUUUUUCAACAAGAUGACCCUACUACUGGCCGUCACUGGAGACUCACAUCCCAUGCAUCUUAGCUCUAAGUCAUGCCUUCUCCCCUAUCUUUUAGGGAACAGCUAUUGGAUUGAGGACAGGGGUGCCUGUGGCCCCAGGGAAAUUAACAUUGGUAGGGACAUUCAGGAGAAACCGUCCUUAUCAAUGAAUGCCUAGAGAAAUCAGCCUUUACCAUUUUAUUUUCAGUGCAAGGAAUGAAUGAUAAAUCAAGAGGAAAAAAAGCAGGAGGAUUACUAUAUGCCUAACCUUUCCAGUCUGGCUACAGAACCUUAGUUUCUGAGGACUAUUUCAGAGCUUUACCUCUUUGGAACAGUCAUCUUCUUUGAUACGGUUAUGCCAAGUUUGAAACUCUGCUAUCACAGAGGAAAAGACGUUUAAAAAUAAUUUGGUCUGAAGAAUAGGAGUUUGGCCAGCAUGUAUACAAACCAUAGUCAAGAUCACUAAAUAAAAAUACAGCUCUGGGGAAGGGGAUAGCUCAGUAGUAGAGCACAUGCCUAGCAUGCAUGAGGCCCUGGGUUCCAGCCUCAGUAUAUCUAAUAAAUAAAUAAAUAAAUAAAUAAAUAAAUAAAUAAAUAAAUAAAUAAAUAAAUACACAAACCUGAUUACACUCCCCCCAAAAUAGGUCUGAUUGGGGCCAUGAGACAUGGAACACAGCGGGGUGGUUAUCCCGGGUGCUUAGAAAGACCCUACCUCCCAACAUGUUAAAUAUCUCUCGCCUGAUAACUUUUUUUGAUCUCUCCUGUUGUCAGGCUGUGGCCACCGCCACUACCUCAGGCUAGAGAGCAUAUAAAACAGAACCAGAAAAUGUGCUGCGUUGCCAAGUGCUUCUUACUCUCACCAUUUCCCAGUCACAGCUACAGUAACACAAAAGUUUUUGAAUAAUAAAGGAAGAAGUACGGUAGAGGGGGAUAGAGAGCCCUUGCCAAGCAUUUAGUAGGAGAUCAGAGUGAGUAGAAAGUUUCACAACAGAUUGAUCUGAUCAAUCCCUUCGAGAAGCUGAAGGCAAAAUGAGUAAAACCCGUAAAUCAGAUUGAAAAGCCUAUUUCAUUGAUAUCCAGCAUGUUUGAUGUUUAAGCCAGCUUUACAUAAGCCACGUCUCAGCCUCCAGAAUACUCUCUCUGGGGUUGAGAGUUAAUCAACCCACUAGCAUUCGUGGAGUGCUUGUCUGUACAGAGGGGAGCCUGGUGUCUCCAUCAAAGAGAGAUCUGGAGAAGAGGCUCAGAUGACUCUUACACUACCCUUGGCUUCCGCUGUCCCGGGAGGAAAGGCGUUACUGGGACGUUCUUUGUGGCAGGAACUUGGGGAGACCCUUUUCAUACCUCAAAUCUAUUCACAAAAAGGUAGAUAUUGUUAGCCCCAAUUUCAUAGAUAAGGAAAGUGAAACCUGCAGACACUCAGUAGCUUCCUCAGGGGUGUGAGUUAGGUCUGGCUGACUGCAAAGUGCAAGCUCUUUUUCCUCCAUCAUGUUUUCCAUAUGGGAUAAACGCUUCCUGCCAAUCAUGCAAGAAGCCACCUGUUAUUGCCCAGAAGGAUUUGUCUCUAACCACGUGGGUGACACAACUGUGACAACACCGAGCGAGCAGGGACCCAGAGCCAUGUUACCCUGGCUCAGCCCAGCCUCCUCCAGAUCACUGACCCAGCAAGGAGCUGAGAGAUUGAUGACUUCAUAGGCAGUUGUAAUUUUUGAGUCAUAUACGGAGUGAGUUAAAGGGGCCAGGUAAACAUUGCUUCUUAGUUGGUAGAGAUUAGGUUCACAAAACAUCAGUGUUCCCCUUCCUGGCGAUUUGUUUCUGAGGUAGAGAAGGAAGGAGGAUUGCAGCUGGAAUUAAUGAGCGGAAUUCUCUCUGUCUUCUCGUUUUGACGGUAGGAUCUAACGCUGCCUAGAAUGGCAGGGCUGCAAAUUAUCUUUCUGCCUGCCACUGUGAAACACGCACGCACGCUCACACACACAUACACACACGCACGCACAAUAGCAAUCCAGUGUUUUGUCAUGUGGAAAAUCAAAACAAGUUCGAAAGCGUUCAGAUUGUUUCUUUUAAACUCACUUUACAUUUUUGGCAGGGAAUUCAUGCAUAGCUGAGACUUGGAGGCAGCCUCUGCUAACUUCACACUGUUCCUUGGGCACCUCGGGAUUUAUAUCAAAAGGCUUUCUGCAGCCUUGCUGCUGAAGGCGUGAUGUAUGGGGCUCCACUUGAGACCCGACAUCAGGAUGUUCAGAGAAGAAACCAUCUCUUGGUAUUGGCCUGAGGCCAGUGCUGAGCAAAUUAAAAAGACCUACACGGGCUUCCGCCCUGGUAUCAUUUCAUUCUAAAGCAGCUCGUUCGUCCUAUCCCCUGGGGUCCUGUGUUGAUAGAAAUGAAGAGGUGGGGGUACAGUUUGUUCUCUGAAAAUUGACUGCACACUUCCAUGCCAAGUGAUGUUUGGGGAAGUGAUGUCAGCAGAAGGCAUCUGGACCUAAGGAUCAGGAAGCCAGUAGCCUUAAUACCCAAAGCCAAAUCAGUUGCAGAUACAUUAGUGUGAAAUCCAAGAAGAGCCCCCCCCCCCAAUUUUUAAAUCCCUAAGGAUUCUACAUCCUGUUUACUCCUACGACUCCCAGGUAGACCUUCCUUUCCUUUUCUUGGCAGUCGCAGCUCCAGUAACCAGACUGAGAUGAGGUAUCUGUCUGUCUGUUCAAAUUAUUAUUAAGGACUAAGAUACAUACUAUAUAUUAUGUUUCCUUUUAAUUUUUUGGCAAUCUGCUCUUGGAAAAUAGAGAAAAACCUGCCCUGAGCAGUAUUUGAAUACUCUUUCUAAUCAUUGAUAACAUUAGCAAUCAGUGUUAGGCAACAGUUAAGGAUAUCAUAUAUGUUAUUUAAAAAUUAUAAAAAUCUGUUCCUUAUCAUCUAAAGGAGGUCACUUUGUCAGAAAUAGUUUGAUCAAAGGUUUGAAAUAUGAGUACAAAAGUCUGACGAGAGAUAAUAUGAAUAUGGGGAAGAUGAUCUACUCCACAGACUAAGCAAGGAGGUUAACAAAGAUCAUUCAAAAAUGAAGUCCAUUAGGUAGGAUUCCCAUUAGGCUGUUUCAACAGAGCAACUCGAAACAACAGUGACUUCAAAAGACUGAAGCAAUUGCCUUCCUACUUAAAAGACACACUGGUCUGGUAUGUGACAUUACCAGAAUCCCAGGACCUCUCUCCUUGCUCUUCAGUCCUAAUAUGCAGCUACCAUCUCAUGCUCCAAGAUGACUGCUGCAGUUCCUGCCAUCUCAUUUUCAUCUAAGACACCCGAGAGGAAGUGGAGGGAGGCUGCACAUAGCCCUUCCAGUCACAUCUCAUGGGCUAGAACCUAGCCACUAGACACAUCUAGCUGCAGAGAAGGCCUGGAAAUGUCAUCAUUAUUGGUUGCCAUGUGCCUUGAUAAAUGUAAGGGUUCUAUUACUAAAGAAACAAUGUGAAAAUUAGUACAGAUCAAAACUAUCAGUCUUUGACACAAAAGGGAGUUGAAAAAUAUUUCAAGUGCUUUUCAAUGUCAUCUAUUUCGUCAUCUAUUUUGCAAAGGCUAAAAUGAAAAUUCAUAACUUUGUAUAGGAUUUAAUGCUUUUCAAAACAUUUUUACAUCUAGUGUCUCACCUGAUCUUCGCUACAUUCUUGUAUGUUAAAUAGGACCUCUAUUCAUUAAUCCCAUUCGAUAGUUUGAUGCGGAGAUUCAGAUGUUGAAAGAUUUCCCAAAGAGUCUAGUUUAUUAACAAGACAGUUGCUCAGAGCCCCAGUCUUUUGACUUCAUACUUUCUACUACUUUUUAUUGCCCAUCAUUAGUACUGGGACUGGGAUUUGCAAGAAUAUGAAAUCUAAUUCCUUAUUGGUGUGUAUCUCCCCUUACCUUCCCAUGGAACUGCAGUGACUUAGAAAAUGCCAAGAAGACAGGGAGAGUUGAUUCUGGACUCCCUGCCUCCAGGAAGGGAGCCUCUUAUUAGGAGUGAAGUGUCCAGGAAACACAAGCACUCAAACACCUCUGCUUGGAGGUUCACCCCACCCAAUCCAAACACUGUUUCACAAUUCCUUAGGGCAGCUCAGUGGUGGAAAUAUUUAGAAUCAGUAGCAGCCUAAAUAGAGGAGCUUAAAAGGGGGGUUAAUAGAACCCCUGCUACAAAAAAAAAAUUCCUUCCUUCUCCACUUCUUCCCCAGGUCCCUGGAAUUUUAUCAUCAACUUACUGCUUUGGUUCUUAAAAGUUUGAUUUGGUGUUAAAUGGAUCCCUUUCUACAUUUGCCAGGGAGAGGAAUUGCUCUAAGUUGUCAUAGGCUAGCAUCUCCACACAGAGGGUUUAUCUGAUUCCUCUGCAACCCUGACCCCCAGGGGAGAAGCAGUGCCCGUGUCACGGGGUCCUGCAGAGGUGGGGCGGGGAGAGGAAGGGAAGCGAUGGAGGAAAGUAGGACUUCUAAAAUGGAAGCGGGUCUUUCAAAGGUGGAAAGAUGAGGAAUUAAAUAUGUGCCAGGGAAUACUGAAAAUAGAAGAGUGAGUCAUACAGUUUCUGUCCUCAAGAACAAGGGCCCUCUGGAGACAGCAGACUGUGAUUCUUUUGGCCGUUGAAAAGAGCAGGAAAAGGCACGAAGCUCAUGAGACAGGACCAGAGCGCUGGGAUGGGUUUAGGGACUGAACUGGGGUUGGGUCAAAGAGAAAGCUGGGUCAGACUUAGGCAAAGAACACUCUGAUCUGACCACAGCUGUGUCUCUAAGGCUUUUCUUUUCCAUAGUCCUUGUGCCUCUACUGGUCACAAGAGCUCCAGCUGAAAGUCUGCAGGUCGUAUCAGGCUGGCUGAGUCUGAUGACUCUGCCCAUUUGGGCCGCCUCCGGGGAGCCUGCAAAGGUUCUUUCUCCAAGGCACUUCCAACUUUCCUUCUAACCCCCUCCUUCCAUCCCUACUGGACAUAGCCUGCUGUUCACUUAACCACAUUCACCUGGACACAGCCAAACGAAUGCCCUGGAACUCUGAAGUAGCCCCUCUGGGCCAGUGGGCAGGCUCUGAGGCCUGUGCGUUUUGUAGCCUAAUGGAUGGAAUGCACAUGGACCCAUCGUCACAACACACUGAUAGGACCAACCUACCCUGCAGAGGUGCUGAGAUUUCCAAGCACUGGCCUCACCGUGCACACCAGCAACAUCUGCAAAACAAAAGCCCCUGAACUUCCAAACAAGGGCUUGAGGCAACCUAACAGAAUGACGGAUCUGAGAACACGGAAGCACAGAUGUUUCUUGAGCUUGUGUUCUAAGCCGUUUAUGGGAAAGACUGCGACUGUCAUCCUUUGGCACACUGAGUGGAACCUCUGUGAGUUACACGUGCUGUUGCUCUCCGGGAACUCGUCGAAGGGCCAGAUGUCAGAGCUGAAAAACCUCAGUUCUUGCCGGGGAAAGCAGCGUAGGACAGAGCAGAGUGUGUGUGAUGUAGUCAUUGCCACAUUUGUCUUCCACAGACCUGUCAUUUUUUUUUAAUCAUGGCCAUCUUCUCCUUCCUUCUUCCCCCACCCCCAGAAGCACCUGCUGGGUUUUGCUUGCAUUAUUUUUCAUUGAACACAUCAAAGAUGAAAAAUGUUGGAAAGAAAACUGGACUUUUAUCAGGUGUCCCAUUUUAAAUGUAAAGAUAGUUACCCAAUAGAUAGUAAAUUAUUUCUCCUGAGAGGUAUUUCCUUUUGUUUCUGUGCAAUAAUAUGUAUGAACUCGGGUACUAGGAGAUUGUAUUGUGAGAUUAUCAACCUUUAUUGCUAUUUAAAAAUGAUAGUUUGUAGAACUGAGGAUUUCCAUUGAUGUGAAGCACAAUUUAAUGAAUAAGUUAACAUAUUAAACUGUUGUGAUGUCAAGAA